AAGAACUUUCAUAACACUGGAUAGUUCCGGUGACGGCGGUGACCGUGGCAGCGGCGCUGAAGAUGUUGAACUGCCAUCUUGUUUAUGUAUUCUCGUAAAAAGACGAUAAGGGAUAAUAUCUUGUUACAGUAUUGUGUUGUGUUUUCAUAGAUACUCAUUUAGGAGGAAGUCCUUGCACGUAAAAUAUAAAAUGAGCUCCCAUCAUCAUCUGAAUCCAUCUUCAGGUGAAGUGGAGCAUAUUAAUCAUCUGUCCGAGGAUAUGGGUGCCUUAUAUCUUUCUGAUGAUUACUCUGAUGUGACACUGAUAGUUGCGGGUCAGCGAUUCAAUGGUCACAAAGUUAUAUUAGCUGCACGCAGCCAGUAUUUUCGGGCUCUUCUCUACGGUGGUAUGAAGGAGUCAAUGCAACAAGAAAUUGAAUUGAAAGGAACUACGCUGCCUGCUUUUAAGGGUCUUCUGAAAUAUAUUUAUACUGGUCACUUGUCUCUUGCUAAUCAACGAGAAGAGGUAAUUCUUGAUAUAUUGGGUUUGGCUCACCAAUAUGGAUUUGUUGACCUUGAAGUUUCUAUAUCUGAUUACCUCAGAGAGAUUCUUAAUAUUAAGAACGUUUGUCUAAUCUUUGAUGCAGCACGUCUUUAUCAAUUGGUUUUUCUAAUUCAAGUAUCAUUGGAAUUCAUCGAUAAACAUGCUUUGGAAAUAAUUCAGCAUGAAAGUUUCCUCCAACUCAGUUCUGAGGCAUUAAAUGAACUUAUCUCUCGUGAUUCACUGUUUGCGCCAGAAAUCGACAUAUUUUUGGCUGUGCAAGCAUGGGUUAAAGCAAAUCCGGAUGUAGAUGCAAAGGAAGUAUUAAGUCAAGUAAGACUCAGUUUGGUCUCAAUCCCUGAUUUACUCGAUGUGGUCAGGCCCACUGGUUUAGUAUCAUCAGAAGCAAUGCUGGACGCAAUAGCAGCCAGAACGCAGACACGAGUCUCACAGCUUUCUUAUCGUGGUCGUAUGCUUCUGAAUGAGAACGUUGCACAACCAAGGCACGGUGCACAAGUAUUACAGGGUGAAAUGCGAAGUUUCCUUUUGGAUGGUGAUAUUCAGAAUUAUGAUAUGGAGCGAGGAUACACGAGACACGCAAUUACGGAUUCCCAAGACCAGAGCAUACUCAUUAAAUUAGGUACUCAGUUUAUCAUCAAUCAUGUCAAGCUCUUGUUAUGGGAUCAUGAUUUUCGGUCCUAUUCGUAUUACUUAGAGGUAUCCAUGGACCAGAAAGACUGGGUUCGUGUUGUUGACCAUACACAGUAUUUUUGUCGCAGUUGGCAGUAUUUGUAUUUUGAACCACGGGUGGUUCUUUACAUACGUUUAGUGGGUACAUACAACACAGUUAACAAGAUUUUUCAUGUGGUUAGUCUCGAAGCUUAUUAUACUAACACACCAGUGAAACUCUGCAAAGGUUUCGUAGUCCCCACUCGAAAUGUAGCAACAAUGGAUCUGAGUGCUCAUGUCACUGAAGGUGUUAGCAGAUCAAGAAAUGCUCUUUUAAAUGGUGACACUUCUGAUUACGACUGGGAUAGUGGCUAUACAUGUCAUCAACUUGGUUCCGGUUCAAUAUUAGUACAACUUGGUCAACCAUACAUGAUAGACUCGAUGCGGCUCUUAUUGUGGGAUUGCGAUGACAGAUCAUAUUCAUACUACAUCGAAGUAUCUAACAAUUCUUGGCAAUGGGAAGUGGUAGUGGACAAAACUAGAGAAGCUUGUCGUUCAUGGCAGACACUGCACUUCCAGCCAGCUCGACCAGUUGUUUUUAUACGUAUUGUUGGCACGCACAAUACAGCUAACGAGGUAUUCCAUUGUGUGCACUUUGAGUGUCCCGCACAAGUCGAUAACGAAAAGAACGGAAAGUCACCUCGACGUGGAGUACAAGCAGCUCCUGUGUCUGCUCCUGUUCCGCCACCUCCGCCACCUGAGACUGCCAAAGAGGCAGUUAAUAUAGACCAGGAAGAUGAAACUUCAACGGAUGAAUCUGCUGUAGUCGCUAUUGCUCCUUAGUUUAGGUUAAUAGAAUAUAAAUUUCUUGGAUGACCUCCUGGCAACGUUUAAGACUGUCGAUUAAUAGUGUUCGUAUACAAAACGAACCCACAUUUGGGUAAGAAUGGUACAACACACAUUCUUUUAUACGUCAUGUUGAAAAAUAUUAUAAUAGUUACGUGACGAACGACGGGUAUAUAAAGACGUAUUAGAUGAUUUCGAAAUCAAAAGCAAUCCGGUGCCAUUUUGUUAGGUAUUUUUGAGAUUAUGGGAGCUUGGCUAAUCGUACAAAACAUCAUUUUUAUAUUUAUUGCAAACUGAAGCGUAUUUUGCGUCUACCUCGUAUAGCACGAAUGUGUUUUUAUCUAUACGAUUGAACUGUAAAAAUUAUUGUUCAGUGAGACACUGGGUAUUUUAACGCGGUAUAAUAUUUUGUCUUAUACCAUACACAAGAUUUCAUUUUUUUUUAUCAGUGAUGGUUUUGUUCUUGUUUUAUAUUUUUCAAGCUCUCUCAAUAUUUUUGUCUUGAAUCCGUUUGAGCAAUGUUUUUGUUGGCUGCAAAUAUUUACAUGAUUUUACAUAUAUUACCAUAGAAGAGCUGACACUGGAAAAAAUUUAUGUACGGAGUGACGCACUUAUUUCUACUUAAUUGUUUCAAUUACUUUGAGAAACAAAGAGUAUUUUAAAGACAAAUUACAAGGAUUCAAAAUUAAUAAUGUAGAGCAUGAAAUCAAUUUGUUACUCUGAAAUUAUUUACUGAAUAUCACCUAAAAUUUUAAACUUUUAAAUAUAGUAUAUUUUUGUUGCAAUUCUUGGAUAGUGAGGCUUCAGAUAUAUUCAAUAAUCUAUAUUUAAAUAUUAGUUAAUUAUGCGAUUUAUAAUAUCCCAGAACACAAAGUAUUUUACUUUUAACUUUUGUGUGUUACUCUGUACAUUUUUUAAUGUUGUGCUCGGUUGUAGGUAUUUCGCGAUUUACUAUCAUGAAUAUCCUUAUUGAUAUACAUUUUUAUUGAGAAUAUAUAUUACGUAUUUCUUGUAAAUAGAAUGUAGGGUGUUUAUUUUUCUAGUCGUUAUCUCUCGAAGGUAUUUUACGGUUAUCCGGAAAUUAAUCUAAAUAUUAUGUAAAACAUUGUUAACAAAAUUAAUAAAGAGGCUUGAGAUCUCAAAUUUGGAUUUAUGUAA